GCCGGAGGGCCGGCCAAACGCCGCCCUGUCGCCGGGGCCACGCCGGGGCGGUCCGGCUGCUGCGGCCCUGGGCCCGAUGAACUCGAGCCGAGGAUGGGCGCCGCGUCGAAGCCCGCCCGCUUCGGCCGGAGGGGGAUGCCGGUGCUAGGAACGCGGGGCCGGCCGCUCCUUCCCGUCUGACCCGCCGUCGCGCUGGGGAGGCUCCGGGGUGCUCGAGAGCCGGCCUGGCUGGGGCGAGGUGAGAGAAUCUCUUCAGGAAAUGGCCGGUCCUAAAUCUUUGCUGAAUUUUCUGACCUUUAUCUUUGGAUCAGCAAUUGGAUUCUUCUUAUGUUACAUGUUGUUCAGCAUAAUACUGGAGGAACAGGUUAAGACUGAGCCACGUAUCCUUUACAAUGAUCCUCAUGGUCGUCACUCAGAUGAUGAUGAAAGUGAUCAACUGAACGGACAGAUGAAUUUCAAUGCAGAUGCUGGACAACAUAAAGAUGAAAACAAAAAUGUCGCUGAAGAACUCCACCAGAAAGUAAAAAUCCUUUGUUGGGUAAUGACUGGUCCUCAGAAUCUGGAAAAGAAGGCAAAGCACGUCAAGGCAACUUGGGCCCAGCAUUGCAACAAGAUGCUGUUCAUGAGUUCCGAGGAGAACAAAAACUUCCCAACAGUGGGUUUAGAAACAAAAGAAGGUAGGGACCAGUUGUACUGGAAGACUAUUAAGGCUUUCCAGUACGUCUAUGACCAUCAUCUGGGUGAAGCAGAUUGGUUCAUGAAAGCAGAUGACGACACAUAUGUUGCGCUGGACAACUUGAGAUGGCUUCUUUCGAAGUACAGUCCUGAAGAAGCCAUUUAUUUUGGAAGGAGGUUUAAGCCUUAUGUGAAACAGGGCUACAUGAGUGGAGGUGCAGGCUACGUGCUGAGCAAAGAAGCCCUGCGGAGGUUUGUGGAUGCUUUUAAAACUAGCAGAUGUUCUCAUAGCUCUUCCAUUGAAGACUUGGCAUUGGGCAAGUGCAUGGAGAGCAUUGGUGUAAAAGCUGGAGAUUCCCGGGACACAAGCGGCAAGGAAACAUUUCAUCCCUUUGUGCCUGAACAUCAUUUGGUCAGAGGAUACUUACCCAGAAAUUUUUGGUACUGGAAUUAUAACUAUUACCCUCCUAUAGAGGGUCCCGGAUGCUGCUCUGACCUGGCAGUUUCUUUCCACUAUGUUGAUGCUGCCACUAUGUAUCAGCUGGAAUAUUUGAUUUAUCAUCUCCGUCCAUAUGGUUAUCAAUUCAGGUACAAUCCUGAUGUUGCUGAUUUUCCUAAGAAUUUAAGAACACAAAAUUUAAGCGACGCAGCAAAAGAUGAUACGCAACCCAAAGUUAAAGCAGAUGGUCCUCAGAUGGCCUCUAAAUAAAAGGACAGCUAGUGCACUGAAGAAGCCUUAUGGAAUGACGAACUGAGACACUGAGCUCACAGGCAGCUUGAUGGAUUCUUUAAAGUGUUCCAUCAAGUGGCUGUAGACUGCAGGUGCUGGCCUCAGAUGUCCGGAAGAGGUUUCACAGGUUGUGAAGUUGAAAGGCCAGAUUUUUUUUUCUAGCGAGCCAUGAAACCUGUUUGGCUGUUUGGUAAUGGAUGCAGAGGAUUCCUGUUGUCACCAGUGACCACUGUUCAGAUCCAUGUGAAUUAGCAGUAUAGUAGAUCUCUGAAUCAAGGACACAAUACUUUACCGAGUCGCUACUUAACAUUUUUGACUACUUAGGCUCAUCACAUACUGAGAAGCAUCUUGAACAGAUUCAUUCUUCAAAAUGUAUCUAGAAAAUCUGUUAAAUAAACUGCCUGUGUGUGUAGAAGCUGAAGUUUCUUCUGAAAAUUUUACACAAUGUUAAAAAGAUCGAGUUUUAACUCAGUCUGCAGAGAAGGGCAGUGUUUGACCUCUGGCAGAGGUAUCAGUGGCAGCCUUAAAGGCAUAUUCACAGCUCAUGAAUGGGCACUUUCUAAGGAACAGAUUAUAAAUCUGUACUGUUUCUAUACUCUGUCUCACAAAAAGAUGUUAGUAGGUUGUAUAUCCCUCCACCACAGAAUUCAACAUGCCGGACCUUUUUUGUUAUGGAAUGCUCCAUCUGUGUCCUAGUGCCUACCUAUCCCUGCUCAUCCCAUCUGUUUGAAACGUUGACAAUAGUCAUUCAAUGAACUUAUAAAUUCUCUUGUAUCAAAGUACCAUGUUCAGUAAUGCACAAAAUAAUGAUUUUGACAAAGGCAGUGUGUUAAAAUGAAAGACAAUUCUCCUAUUUGUUCAGGACUAUUAUAAAGUGGAAGCCUACAGUUUUCUCAGCCACUGCAUCUCAGGUGACCAUACUAACAUCUUUACCUGAGACAGAAAUAGAAAGCUACUUCGUGUAAUUGAGCUAAUGGAAGUAGUAAGACAUUGAUGGGCCCUUGUGAGUGCUGAUUAUCUGCCGUUGGCUCUCUAUUUACAUUUUCUUUCUGUUUUGCUUAUAGGACCGGGCUUACAUUGCUUAUAGAACCAGGAUAGGUGCUGUUUGAAUUGGAGCUCUAUUUCUUGGCUUAUAUUCUGAGCAUUCUUUGGUUCCAUGUGUGGGUUAACUGACUGUAGUAUUUGAGUUCAGCUAGUACAGUGGACUUUUUUUGCAUGGAGUCUAGGGUUGCCAACUCUGGGUUGGGGAAUACCAGGAGAUUUUGGAUGUGGAGUCUCAAGAGGAUGGGGUUUUGGAGAGAGAAGCAGGAUAUGAUGCUGUAGACUCCACACUCCUAAGUGGCCAUUUUUACAGGUAAACCGAUCUCUUGUCUGGAGAUCAGAUGUAAUAGUGGGAGAGCUCCACCCACCACCUGGAGGUUGGCAGCCCUAAUGGAGUCCUUUGUAGUAAUUUCAAAACAUAUUUCUUUGCAUCUGGUUUUUAACUUGCUGAUGUCUGAGGCCGUUUGAAAGCAUAAGACUCUUCUAGCAGGUGGAAGAACUCUGUUCUAAACUGUGAAUUGUAGUCCUUUGUAGCUGUCGUUUCCUCAGCCUCCAUGUGCCCUACAUAAAAUUUGAGCUGUUCUGUAUUAUCCCUGGUAUUCAGGCUUCUUGUCACAUGACUGUUCUACUUCAAAGUGGUCAGCUAAGGGUUCUUUCUUUAAUUCAUCAUAUUGAUGUUUGAAAGUAUUUACUCAACCGUGUUGGGUGACCAGACGUUUUUGCCAAGCAUUGUAACUCUGAACCCAGCAACUUCUCUGAGCAAAGAGUGGUGCCUUCCUCUGACACAAGGAAGUCUCUGAGCAUCUCUCAUUGGAGGAAGAUUCCUUGUGCUUGAGGAAGGGGCUGCCAUUAACUCAUUAGAGUGUCAGGAUCCAUUCCAAUGGUGUGUAUCCUGCUGCUCCAGUGAGCAAUGAUUGACGCCUUCUUCACCCAAGGAACCUUCCUACAAGUUCAGUGGCUCUUUCUCCAGCCUAAGAUUGGACACGUGCCACUAUCUUACAAAAUUGUUCCUUCCUGUGUAACUUGUCCCUCUGUCAUAUUCAAGCAUAGUUUCUUAUUUUUCCUCACUGUAGUUGCCCUUAAUGAAUGCAUAAUAUUUCCUCACAGAAAACCUGGGUUUACCUCAUUUUAAAAUAAUGGACUGGCUGUGGAAAACUAUCAACAGCAAUUGCAAUUGAUUAAAAAGCUUUGCUUUGGAUGAGAAACAAUGUUGACUAUUUUGUUCUAUCAGAUCUGACUUGAGGACAAAGUGCAAAAAUAAGUAUGCUAAACUGGCAAAUUGCCUCAGUGGCAAAUGCAUGGUUGAGACAAGCAGGCAAGGUAUUUGACUUAUCAGUUGAUGAAUUUUAAGCUUAAAUGGAGUUUAAGGAGGUUUAUUUCAUUUAUAUCCCAGUUUUCUCUCCAGUGAGGGCCCAAAGUGGCUGACUUCAUUCUCAUCUCCAUUUUGUUCUCACAACAACCAUGUAAAGUAGUUCAGACUGAGUGUGUGUGACUGGCUCAAGGACACCCUGUGAGUUUGCAUGGCAGAGCAAGGGUUUGAACUUGCAUCUCCCAGAUCCUGAUCUGAUACUUUAACCACUAUGCCACACUGGUUAAUUAUUUCACCAUGUUGGAGCAUCCUCCAGUUUUUAGUAUUGAUGUCUUCUAACAUUCAUUUUGACUCUUGUGGCAUUCUUCUGUUAUAUCUACCUCAAAAUAAUUUGCAAGUACCAGGUGUAAAUUGCCAGGGCUGCAGAAAAUUGUGCAGCAAAAAGGGGGAAAUAUUGACUAGUCAAGUCUUUUAUUUAAAAAAAAAAGUACAAUAAGGUUUUAUUGGAAUGAAAAUGAAGAAAAAGACUUUAAAACCAAUAUAGUUCCAGUAGAUAGCUCAAGCACACAGAAAUUAACAAAAUUAGCUUCCUAAAUACACUUCCGGAGUAAGCCUUUCCGUAGCACUGGUGCAGGCCAAACGAGCAGUACAAUUGAUUAUAGAUGUAGCAUACAGCAAAAGCAGGCACAAGGGAUGGAAAGGGAAAUAGGAAGGGGAUGUGAGGUGGCCUGAUAGAACAGACUGUAUUUUAUAGAAAAUGCAGGCCAUGUACCUCUUAACCUCCUUCAACCAAUAACUGUUAUCUCCAAAAAAUCUUCUGGAAAAGGAGCACAUACGUGCUGAAACCAGAAAGCUAAUUUGUAGAGCUGAAAAAGCUACCUGGAUGCAGUAAUUGGGGGGCUAACACCUGUUGUUGCCUGGACAGAGCAGGGAAAAAAUAUCUCAAGUGGAAUUUUACUCAGAAGAUGUCUUCUCUCCUGACAGAAAGUUUUGCUGUGAUCCCCCUAACAAUUUUCCAGUUGUCAUUUGUCCACUCCAGUUUGCUCUAGAACUUUUUGCUUCUGGACAUGCUAUCUCCCCCCCUUUUUUUAGCUCCAUUCCAAGAGCCAAAUUACACAUUUUGUGGAGACCAGUUGGGGAACCCAAAACACACUCAAUGUUGUGACAGAGGCACGAAGAGGAUACAGUUUUAAGGAGAGAAAUGACGAGUGUUGGAAGGCUGAUGAACUCUUUCUCUGGGUAUGGCUUGUCAUCUGGAAACAACCCUUUCAUCAGCCCUCACAGGAAACAUUACUAAUUCUGAUGCCUAUUUUUUUGCCACAUGACAAUCUCCUUUACUUGCCAUAAUUCUUUUAAGAGACUAUGAUGGCUAAAAUACAACAUUUUACUAUCUUGUUUUUUGUUGUGCUAUUUUUUGUGUUCUAUCUGCUGGAACCCAAUGCUGCCAUUUCCCUCUCCCACCCUUUCCAAGUAGAGAAAACUAGGUCUAUUUGUGCAAGGCUGCCUCUGUUGUCACUUCCACUCUGUGGGACGCCUAAGCAUUCAACAGUGGAAGACACUGCCUUGGAGAGUGGUGGAGUCUCCUCCUUUGGAGGUUUUUAAACAGAGGCUGGAUGGCCAUCUGUAAGGACUAUGAUUGUGUAUUCUUAGUUGGCAGGGGGUUGGGCUUGAUGGCCUUUGUAGUCUCUUUCAACUCCGUGAUUCUAAUAAAGUGGGGGGCAGCAUUCUUGCAGCGUGCACGGAUCCCUGGAUAGAAGAGAGGCCAAAGUUUCUCUGUGCUGUUGGCAGUAAAUGGAUAGAUAUGGGAGAUGUCUGUCACAUUGUAGAAUGACAACUUGCUGGCCUUAUAGUCCAGAAAAAUGCCCACAAAGCUGGUGUUGUAUGGGAAUUUUAGCAAGGGGAACUUCAAACUCUUGACCAUUUAUUCUCUUAAUAUGAUAGAAUCUGCUGUUUGAAUAUUGUUCUGGAGAAACGUAUUGUAAUUGUAUUAAGGUGAUUUCAGCACCAAUGUCCCUUAAACCCAUAAGGUUUUGGUUAUUGCCUCCAUGAAGUCUUUUCUGUGGUCUUCUUCCACCUUUCAUAUCUUCAAUACCUUAACAGCUUUCUCUGUGUUUGUUCAGGAGCUGCUGACUUGGGUUUUUGAUGAUGGCAUUACCAGCUUUCUAGACUAAUUUUACAGUUUUGGUAACUGUAGGAGUCUUGGUUUUCUCUAAUUUAGGUCACCUAGACUUGACAUGCCCCUCCUACUGACAAUAAUAGCAAACAAUCCCUCCAGGUUUAUUUUGUAUUGGAGUGGCCCACCUUGCACAGUUGGUGUAUAGAGUCCCAACUUUUUAGGGCCACAUUGUCUGGGUUUCUUAUAGGGACUUGGGAAUAUCCUUUCCCCUAAGUUUCCCUCAAGUUAAUCUAAUAACAAGGCAACAUCUGUAGCAGUCUUUAACUUUUUAUCUUUGAAAAACCACCAGAGUCGGCAAGGGAUCUGUUUAUAAAAUUGUUCCAAGCUGAUCAUCUAUUUCAGCUUCUCAGAGGUAUUCAGCUUGCUCCCUUUCACCCAUCUCUCCAGGGCUUCUUCUAUGCGGCUCCUCAUUUGAGUGUGUAUUGUCUCUGGUUUGCAUUUUAUAUCUCUGAAUGUUUUCCUACUUUGUUCAGCUGUAAGGCUGAAUCUCACUUUGACCCUCUUUUAAAUAUAUUAUAACCAGAGGUUUCCUUCUCUCUUAAGUCUGCAUAAACCUCGUUUAAUAUUCCACAUAGUUGUGAACGUAAGAACAGCAUUUGUUUUCUUCAGGUGUCUCUAAGUCGUUCUCUUCCCUUUCCUUUUUCUUCUCCUUAGCCUGAAUUUUGGCUAACUCUCAACUUCAGCUGCCAUUCUAGCCUGUUCUUUUUCUUUCUCCACCUUUGCUAAUUCCAGCUUUAUUUCUAUUAAGCUAAGUGCCUAACUAACAUUCUCCUCAGGUGAGGUGGCUGCCACUGCUAUGCUGUGGGCCAUCCCACAAGCUUCUUUAGCUUUCUUCAGAGAUGCCAUUUCUGACUGGAAAAAAUUGUAUCUUAAUAAAAUGAAAUAACUAUUUUCUAAUACUGAUACGUACUAGUGGUGGGAACACUUCUUCGUGGGUUUAUUUGAAUCACAACACUGGCACCAAAAUAUCUGUGAUGAUUUCCCCCUCUUUGCCCACAAGUGCCCUAAGGAAACUUUUCCUUCCAAAAUUUCCAAGAGUUGCUUUCAGGGCUUACUGAGCAGCCACCCCCCUGCUUUUAAUAAUGUGAUAGUGCAAACAUGUUUUUCCAUUUUUUAUGAUAAACCCCAAGAAAAAGGAAUAAUCUCAGUAUAGGCAGAGGACUAUGGUAUGUGUAAAAUAAUAAUAAAUCAAAACCUUUUUCUUUGCUGUCAGAAACAUAAAAUUAAGGCACCAGAGGCUUGGGUUCUUUAAAAGAUGAACAAAUAAAAAGAAGUAUUUACAAGAACAAAAAAGGUAUAAAUAUAACAGGAAAAUUGAAGUGAGUUGGGGAGUUAAUACAAGUUAAGUUGAUGCUGUAGCUCACAACUGUGUUUGAGACAAAUUAUCCCCUGUUCAGGAGAGUGCGGUCCUGUGUUGUGCACAGGAUGUGACAGGAGGGUUCUUUUGCUGGAGAAAAUAGUGCCGAAUCUAAAUACGCGUAAAAGAGUCAUCUCUGUAUGCUGCUUUCCUUUAAAAACAAAUCUUUUGACACUAUUAAACUUGGAAUUUAUUUUUAAGAGCCUUUUUAUUGCCAUAAACAAGCACUGGUGAAAACCUGCCUCUUUUCACGCAGAGACAUUCCCUCUAGAAAAUGACCGACGGAACAGCAACACGAGACAUGGCAGUGAAAAUGGCCGACAAGCCCCGCAAUUAUUGUCUUGAAGGCAGGAAUUGUUCCAUUUCAGAGCUUGACGAGGAGAGCAGCUGCUGACGUACUCCUCAUCCUCCCGAAUGCGAAGGAGGUAUCUGCUGCUCUUCCUCCAGGAACUGGUACAGCUCCUCCAAUUUGCUGAUGAUGAGCUAGCAGCAAUUCUUGACUUUUUGCUUAAGCUCUCAGGGCUUCUUUUCCUCAAGGGAUUUGCAGUGAGCAGUAUCCUGCAGCUUCUGCUCUAACAGCGUCAAGCACUCCUGCAGCUUUCCCUUGCACUCCAGACGAGUAUUAUCCAAGCGCAUGACCGUGUAGUCCCAAUGCUCACGGGAAAUCCCACAGGCUAAGCAAAUGGCCUCUUUAUCAUCCUUGCAGUAACAGCACAUCACCUCAUUGUUCUUCUCACACAAGUUCUCAUCCCACCCUUUCUGCUUGUUGGUGACCUGCGACCACGUUGCCCAGCUGCCUGUUGAGUUUCUGGGAGCAGUGACUGAAAGUCUUGUGGCAAACCGGGUAAGGGAAGUCACGGUUCAGUUCCUCCCACCAGUGGGUGAUGCAAACUCAGCAAAAGCGGCCGCAGUUGAUGGAUCACAGGAUCUUUCAGAUACUCUAGGUAUACUAAAGGCUUUUAACCUUCGUGUGUGAGAAUACUUUAUUACAAAUUUCUUUUCAAACUGAGCUGCUCUGUUAGUCAUUUAUAUUGGCAUGGCAACUACAGCACUGUCUAGGGGAAGAUCCUGUUUGGUUGGGUUUUUUGCUGACGUUAAGACUGAGUGCUUGUGGCACUGUGUCAACUUAGCCUUUCUGGCCCUAGCCCAGUAUUGCUGCUUUGUGUGCCGUUUCAGAGGUAUGUGUGUAUACAGAGGGUUGGGGUAAGAGUUAGGAUGAAAUUCUAGUGUAUCUUUGAUGAUGAAAGUCAUGGGUGCUUUUUAUUGAAAAUACAAGGAGUAGCUUUUCGUUGACUAUUUUAUGACCGGGAGUGCCUUUAACGUCAAGAGGCACAAAAUACCUUCUGAGAGAGAGGAACUAUUCUUUGGAAUUCAAAGACUUCAUUCUUUGUCUAAAUGUACUUUAACAGUAUUGCACAGAGACGCAGUAAAGAAUCUGCCAAAUUAUUAUUCUUGUCUAUUUAUCUCUUACCCUUCUCCUUGGAUUUUUGCCCCUGGAGAUUGUGUUGGCAAAAGUGGUUUUCAAUCUAACAUCUAGAAGUUUUAACCUUUAAGAAAACACAUUGGUUUCUGAAGGCCGUGAAAUAAUGUUUUCUGUGGUCCAAAGCUCUUUAAGUUGUGUGUCAGUAUUGGACAUAAAAUUAUUUGAAAAUGGUUCAAUUGAACUGUAAUUUUGAGCUGUAAAGAGCAUUUAUUUUGUGUAAGAUAUAAUGUGCUUGUCCUGUUUGGGUGAUCAGCAAUGCAGCUGAUUACUGUGGAAUUUAGUUUUUCUUUUCUUUUUUUCUAAUGCAGGGGGGUAUUUUUAUAUCAUCAGUUAAUUUAUAAGAAUGUUCACUGUUAUUCUAAGAUUCCCUUCCUAUUGUGUCAAAAUUUCUUCUUUGAUUUCCUGUGAGCACAGUAACAAAGUUCUGUUAUGAUAUCUCUUUAAUUUACUUAUGGCAUGAUAUAAAUGAUUCAGCCUUGACUAUGUACAGUUUAAAUGCCAUCAUAUAUAGCUGAUAGUAAUGCUUAUUUUUUUAAUCUUGUAUUAACAAUAAAUGUUGUGAACUCUCACUUAUAAAGGAACUUCAGUUUAACGUCUGUCACAUAUAACAUAGGUAGUGAAUCGCCAUGGCAUUACAUCUGAAAAAACUAACUUUGACUGCUGAGCAGUAUGUUAAAACAAAAAAUGUUUGAAAAUUUGAGACAGGGAAAUAGUUUCUUUCACAAUGAAUAGUGAUUGACCCAGUUGUUCAACAGAUCAAGAUAAACGAGGAAACAAAUCUCUGAAGUGCCUUUCACCAGUUUUUAGCAAUUUAUUUAAAUGAGAAGUGUACAAAUAAAAAUAAUUUUAUCACAACUGUGAAA